AUGCCUGGAGAAGUCAUUGACCGCCCCAACCCAGAGCCUCUUCCCUCACACCUUCCCGACCAUGUCAUCGACUUGGCCGUCAAGCUCGACAAGACCGCUCUCCCUGAGCUUGACAAUGCUCAGCUCCAUGCCUUUCGCCGCGCGGCUGCCUAUAUUGCUGCAGCCAUGAUCUUCCUUCGGGACAACGCCCUGCUUGAACGAGACCUGACCUUUGACGACAUCAAGCCACGCUUACUGGGCCACUGGGGCACUUGCCCCGGGCUCAUUCUCGUCUACUCCCACCUGAACUAUCUGAUCAAGAAGCAUCAUCUCGACAUGAUCUACGUUGUUGGUCCCGGUCAUGGCGCUCCUGCCCUCCUGGCCGCUCUCUGGUUGGAGGGCUCUAUGGGUAGGUUCUACCCGGAAUACGCCCGCACGAAGCAGGGCCUUCACAACUUGAUAACCAGAUUCUCCACUCCCGGCGGUCCACCAAGCCAUAUAAACGCCGAAACUCCAGGCGCUAUCCAUGAGGGAGGCGAACUCGGCUAUGCGCUCGGCGUGUCCUUUGGCGCCGUCAUGGACAAGCCCGACUUGAUUGUACCAUGCAUUGUUGGCGAUGGCGAGGCCGAGUCCGGCCCCACUGCAGCCGCAUGGCACGGCUACAAGUAUAUUGAUCCUGCCGAGUCUGGUGCUGUGCUCCCCAUCGUCCAUGUCAACGGUUUCAAGAUAUCCGAACGCACCAUUUAUGGUUGCAUGGAUGACAAAGAACUCGUGGCUCUCUUCGCUGGCUAUGGCUACCAACCACGCAUUGUCAAGGACCUCAACGACAUCGAUGCCGACUUGGGUAACUCUAUGGAUUGGGCUCUCUCUGAAAUCAGGAGAAUCCAAACUGCCGCUCGCUCGGGCAAUCCAAUCUCGAAGCCUCGGUGGCCGGUUCUUAUCCUGCGGACACCCAAGGGCUGGUCUGGGCCAAAGAAGGUUGAUGGUGAAAUUGUCGAAGGGUCUUUCCGCGCCCAUCAAGUUCCACUUGCCAAGGCAAAGAGUGACCCUGAGCACUUGAAACAGCUACAGCAGUGGCUCGAAAGCUACAAACCUGGAGAGCUCUUCUGCACCGACGGCACCCCCAAUGACACGGUACUGGAGAUGAUCCCAGAGAAAGACCACAAGAAGCUCGGGCAAGUCAAGGAAACCUACAAGCCCUACGAAGGCGUCAAUUUGCCAGACUGGAAGAAGUUUGCCGCUGAGAAAGGUGGAGAAGCAAGUUGCAUGAAGGCCAUCGGCGAGUUGCUUGACGAAUCUCUGGUUCAAAACCCCAAGACCCUGCGAAUAUUCUCACCAGAUGAGCUUGAGAGCAACAAGCUUAACGAAGUCUUCAAAAACACUGGCAGAAACUUUCAAUGGGACGAAUUCUCCCGCUUCCAGGGCGGACGUGUCGUGGAAAUCCUAUCAGAGCACUGUUGUCAAGCGUUCAUGCAGGGAUACACUCUAACAGGACGAGUCGCCUUGUUCCCAUCCUACGAAAGCUUCCUCGGUAUUGUCCACACAAUGAUGGUUCAAUACGCAAAAUUCAUAAAGAUGGCCAGAGAGUGCCGCUGGAGGGGAGAUGUCGCCUCCAUCAACUACAUUGAGACGUCCACGUGGACAAGGCAAGAGCACAAUGGGUUUUCUCACCAAAACCCAUCGUUCAUCGGAGCCGUGCUGAACUUGAAGCCUGCGGCAGCUCGAGUCUAUCUCCCCCCGGACGCCAACUGCUUUCUGUCCACUCUUGACCACUGCCUCCGUUCCAAGAACUAUGUGAACUUGAUGGUCGGCUCCAAGCAGCCUACGCCCGUCUUCCUCGACCCGGAAGAAGCUGAAGCCCAUUGUCGUGCUGGCGCCGGCGUGUUCAAGUUUUGCAGCACAGACUCUGGCCGCGAUCCUGAUGUCGUGCUCGUCGGUGUCGGUGUUGAGCUCACUUUCGAAGUCGUGAAAGCCGCAGAGCUUCUCCGCGAGAUCGCGCCCACGCUCCGCGUUCGUGUCGUCAAUGUGACUGACCUCAUGGUCUUGAGUCUGGAUGGCUCGCACCCGCACAGUUUCGGCUCGCAAGCCUUCAACGCGCUCUUCACGUCGAACCGACCCAUCCAUUUCAACUAUCAUGGCUACCGCAAUGAGCUUGCGGCCUUGCUCUUCGGCCGGCCGCAAAUCGACCGCGUGACGAUUGAGGCGUAUCGCGAGGAGGGCACCACAACAACACCGUUCGACAUGAUGCUCGCCAACAACGUCUCUCGGUAUCACGUUGCGCUCAGAGCGCUCGAAGGCGCAGAGCAAUGCAACAGGGACGUGCGGCUAGAUUUUGUGCGGCUACACACGGACAUUCAGCAUCGCAUCGUGAAAGCCCGGCAAUAUAUCUAUGAGGACGGUCAGGAUCCGCAAGGGACUUACGACCUGCCAUCGUUUGAAGGCUUCACCAAGGAUGCGGGCAGCGGUGGCGGUGUACUCACCGAGGGAUAG